AAAUUCCUAUCAACACUGAAGAAUUCUCCAAGGUGCUGAAGUGUCCCCGAGCUCAUCCGGGAGAGGAAAACAGCGGCACAUACCCGCCAGAGCCCAUUGGUACAACGUCACACGCACGAGACUAUCCGAAGAAGGUAAAUGAAUUACAGAUGAGAUGAGGAGGAGGAGAAAUAGAAAACUGAGGAUGCAGCCUGGGUCCACAACACAAAACCGCCCCAGUCGAAGCACUCUGUAAGAGCACCUUCAUCUCGGGAAAAUCUAACUUCCAGUGGUCUCAUCAGCUGUCGACGAACAGAUGCGUUGAUCCGAAUCCUUUUUUUUUUUUUUUUGCACUCACCACCUCUUCCUCCUCCUCCUCCUCCUCCUCCCAUUUCUAACGAGGAGCAUCCCGCACACUGAUUUACUCCGACGAGGACUGACACGAGCCAGACACGAUGCGUGGAUCUCCCCGUCAUGGGACAGCGGUGGGAUUUAUAGUGUUGCUGAACGCGAUGCUGUUUGCAACGCCGGCUGCAGAAGCAGUAACGGACCAUCUUUUGGUUCAGUUGCACGAGGACGCACAGGAUGAGGCGCACCAACUUGCAGCACAACAUGGGUUCCAGAGUGCACGAAAGCUUCCCUUUGGAGAUGGCCUCUUUCACUUCUAUCCUCAGGACACUUCAAAGAGGCGCAGCAAACGCAGCACUCGCAUCAAACAACGACUCCAGAAAGAUAGAAGGGUAAAGAAUGUCUUCGAGCAAGAGGGUUUCAGUCGUCAGAAGAGAGGCUACAGAAAUAUCAAUGACAUGGAAGUCAACAUGAGCGAUCCUCUAUUCACCAAACAGUGGUAUCUGAUAAACACAGGGCAGGCAGAUGGGACCCCUGGGCUGGAUCUUAAUGUGGCUGAAGCUUGGCAACUAGGCUACACUGGCAAAGGAGUUACCAUCGCAAUCAUGGAUGAUGGUAUUGACUAUCUUCAUCCAGACUUGGCAUCAAAUUAUAAUGCUGAUGCCAGCUAUGACUUCAGCAGCAAUGACCCGUUUCCAUUUCCACGCUACACAGAUGACUGGUUCAACAGUCAUGGCACUCGGUGUGCCGGGGAGGUUUCCGCAGCCGCCAAUAACAACAUCUGUGGUGUAGGCGUUGCCUACAACUCCAAGGUGGCAGGUAUCAGGAUGCUAGACCAGCCCUUUAUGACAGACAUCAUUGAAGCAUCAUCCAUCAGUCACAUGCCUCAGAUUAUAGACAUCUAUAGUGCUAGCUGGGGACCAACUGAUGAUGGCAAGACAGUGGACGGACCCCGGGAGCUUACACUACAGGCAAUGGCUGAUGGUGUCAACAAGGGGCGCGGAGGGAAAGGCAGCAUCUAUGUCUGGGCAUCAGGUGAUGGUGGUAGCUAUGACGACUGCAACUGUGAUGGCUAUGCCUCAAGCAUGUGGACAAUCUCCAUCAACUCUGCCAUCAAUGAUGGGCGCACUGCCUUGUAUGACGAGAGCUGCUCCUCCACCCUUGCAUCAACAUUCAGCAACGGACGAAAGAGGAACCCAGAGGCUGGCGUUGCAACUACAGACUUGUAUGGGAACUGCACUCUCCGUCACUCUGGAACAUCAGCUGCAGCUCCAGAGGCAGCAGGAGUUUUUGCUCUGGCUCUAGAGGCAAACCCUAACCUGACAUGGAGGGACAUGCAGCACCUGUCAGUCCUGACCUCAAAGCGGAAUCAACUUCAUGAUGAAGUCCAUCAGUGGAGGAGAAAUGGUGUUGGCCUUGAGUUCAACCAUCUGUUCGGCUAUGGCGUGCUAGAUGCUGGGAGCAUGGUGAAAAUGGCCAAGGAAUGGAAAACUGUGCCUGAGCGUUUCCACUGCGUAGCUGGAUCCAUUCAGGAAGCACAUAAAAUCCAGUCUGGAAACAAGCUAGUGCUGGCUAUCACCACAGAAGCCUGUCAGGGGAAGGACAACUUUGUCCGCUACCUGGAGCACGUUCAGGCUGUGGUCACUGUCAACGCCAGCCGCCGCGGAGACCUCAACAUCAACAUGACCUCACCUAUGGGCACAAAGUCCAUACUGCUGAGCCAACGGCCUCGUGAUGAUGAUUCCAAAGUGGGCUUUGACAAGUGGCCCUUCAUGACCACCCACACCUGGGGGGAAGACCCCCGUGGGACCUGGGUCCUGGAGGUAGGCUUUCAGGGUGAAGAGCCACAGCGGGGAGUCCUGAAGGAGUGGACUCUCAUGCUGCACGGAACACAAAGUGCCCCUUACAUAGAACAGAUUGUGCGUGAUUAUCAGUCCAAACUUGCCAUGUCCAAAAAGGAGGAGCUAGAGGAGGAGCUGGAUGAAGCUGUAGAGAGAAGUCUGAAGAGUUUACUGAGUAAAAAUAAUUAAAAUAUCAUGUGCAUGUUUCCAGCUCUCUCACUUUCUCUUGUUACCCUCUCUGCAGUCUUACUAUGUCCCACUCUGAAUUUCACUACGAUUUCUUUGUUCCUCUCAGUGUCACAUAUGUUGUGUCUCCCUCUCCUUCAGUAUUUUCUCUGCUUUAUGUUAUCAAGUUUCAAUUAGGCUCCUGCGAUGAAUGUUUCUUGUAAGGAUCACAAUAAAAAGUGUAGCCCUCAAUAAUCUGCUCUAAAUCGAAAAUGAAAUCACCAGAAUUUUUACACUCUAUGAAAUUGUACAUAAACCAAAUAGAAGCCACUCUUUCAUGCUCUUGCUUUUACUGCCCUGCACCUAUCCGUUGCCAAAUGUUGUACAGUUUGUGAUUGUAAAUGAUUUUCUGUGCCAUUCUACUUAAAGUUUAAUAUCUUGCAAACAGAGCAUUGAUAUUUCUUUCGGUUUAUAUUUUUGUGAAAUGCACUGUUUAUAUAAGCAUUUUACUUUAUAGCAUGUGGUCAUCAGUUUAGAUUUCAUGAUCUUUGAAUAAUACUACAAUAAAUCUAUUCAGCUGUUUAAGUUUAUGAGUGAUUGUGAACAUAUCAAAACAGAGGAAAGUCUCUCUGUCAUCCGAGAGCUCAAAAAACUUGAAAAAGGAAGGCCUAGAGAAAGAAUGAGGCCGAGAAUGCAAGCUAAAAUUAUUAACAGGUUAAAAUUGUAUUCUGAAAAAGUGGAGCACAUGCAGCAGAAGCCCAUGCAGCCCAUUCCUCAUUAAUAAUAUCCAAAGGAGACAUAGAGAAUAUACCUUUUAGCAAAAAUGUUGCUGUUCUAUCUUAAACAAUAGUAUAAUAGUAUAAUAGUAUGACAAUCUGAUCAUUAUAAAACAUAUCACACAUAUCUCAAACUUGUCACAGAGGAGCAUCAACAGACAGCAAACAUCAGACUGUAGUAAUAUGUAUGGAGAUCAGGGGAAAUUGAAAAAGUUAUUAGAUUCACCCGACAGCUAAAACCAUGACUUCAACUGAAUAUAAUCAUUUAUUUGAGCAAGAAGUGGUUUUCAUGGCAUGUUCAUGUUGCCCCUGAGUUGAUGUUAGUAAAAUUAUUAGAUGGGGUGGAAUUAUAUAGAAUUCUGUGCACCAGAUGAAUCAAUAAAUUGGAUCAUUUUCAUUAUUGUUUUUUUAAAAUGAUUUUUUCAUCAUUUUGAAAUCGACUUGUCUUUGUGCCGUCCUCUACCUUUUUAAGGAUAUAGCUGUAGCUGUGUCCUGUCGUUUCUUCUACUGCUACUACACACCACUAGAUGCGGUUAAAAAGGUGUAGGGGUUGAAGAUUGCUCUGACAGAUUUACAAAUGCUUGCUGUACGCCAUUAUUUGCUGUGACAAACUUUGUUGUGCUCCUGAUAAGUAAAGGCACUUGUACUACG